AUGGCGAACAACGCCGCCUUCGUGGAGGACAUCUACAAGGCUGUUGAGGCCUCUGGCACGUUCCAGCGGUACUUCCAGGACAAGAAUGUCGUGAUCGUUCUGGACAACGCUCCAGCGCACCGGCAAACCGAGGAGCGUGUCACGGAGUACCCCGACAUGGAGCUGUUGCGCUUGGGACCUUACUCCCCUAUGUGCAACCCCAUCGAGGGGUGCUUCAGCGUCCUAAAAUCCCGCAUUAAGCGUGACUUGGCUCUGGAUCGCCACGAAAUCUGUGAUCGCUCGCGUGAGCCGGACAGCAACGGUGAGAUCCUCUCCAUUUCGGAAUGCCAGAUGUGCAUCCUGGAGCGCGCCGCGACCUCUAACACGAGCGUGAUGACCCCAGCGCUGGUGGCCAGCAUGGAGCUGCACUGUCGCGACUUCGUCACCAAGGCAGCGAACAACGAGGACAUGGUGUACGGCAUGUAA